AGUACGUAUAAAUUUUAAGUUAAAUCAGAUGAUGGAUGAACGCGUUGGAUCCUAUCAAAGAGCCCUUCGAAAAUUUGCCAUUAUUGUAUAUCUGGUAACAGCACUUUGGCUCGUUUUGGCCAUUGGCCAAUGGCUAACCGUGAGCUUGGUCUCGGUGGUGGGUAAUGUAUUUCGGGAUUAUGAAUGGAUCAGUGUCAUAUUCUUUGGGCUGGCAAUCGUUUUGGUCAUGGUCUUCAUAUUCUUUGAGCAAUCCCGCUUUAUUCCUUUCUUAAACUGGGUGCUAACUGCAGUUAUUGUAGAGUUUGCUAUUAUUGGAUUGUUUGCUCUCGUGGUGCGAUCCCAGUGGGCGGAUAUGGUAAUGUGGUUUAUUGUCUGUAUCUUGUUAUUAUUCCUCUUCAUACUUCUGGGUGCUGUUAUACCGCACGAUCUGACACUGGAUGUUGUCAUCAUAUUUGUAAUAUCCUUUGUCUUUCUCAUUGCGUCAAUUUUCAUGCUCAUGUUAUAUGUGCUGACAUCUGCUCCAUAUAGUUUUAUCAUGUUCCAAAAUAUCGUUAGCAUUAUAAUGCUAUUGUUUGUCAUGUACCACGCACAAACAAUUACGGGAGGACGAUUUGCAGAGAUGAGAGUCAAUGAUUAUCUUCUGGCCACGAUCAUACUCUUCUAUGAUUUUAUUAUCAUCUAUUUGCUAACAUUCUAUGUGCAGACCAAGUUCAAGAUUGCCUCUGAUGCUCUCGAUUCGGAAGACACAUCAACUGAUGACGAAACAACUACAGCAACAGCAAAAACAACAACAGCAGCUGAAGGCAGAAUUUAGAUUCAAAUUUGAAAAUAAAAAGAUUUUCUUUUAACCCAUUGACGAUACUCAAA